GUGCGGCCUCUCUGCACCCAAGGGGGAUAGCAGCGAGCGGGGGGCACGGGCGGGGACUCCGGCGGCCGCCCAAGAUGGCGGCGCGUCCGCGCAGCCUGAGGAGGAGCGCGGUGUGCGGGUAACCGGGACGGGCGGGGGGCGGCCGCCGCGGGGACGGCGAUGAUUGUGCUGGGCCGCGUCUCAGGCGCUUGCUGAAGGCGCUGCCCGCCCGGCCAUGGCUCUAAGGGAGCUGAAAGUUUGUCUUCUGGGGGACACUGGUGUGGGCAAAUCAAGUAUUGUGUGGAGAUUUGUCGAAGAUAGCUUUGAUCCCAACAUCAACCCAACAAUAGGAGCCUCAUUUAUGACCAAGACUGUACAGUAUCAAAAUGAGCUGCAUAAAUUCCUGAUCUGGGAUACAGCUGGACAGGAGCGGUUUCGUGCUUUAGCUCCGAUGUAUUACCGAGGGUCAGCAGCAGCCAUUAUAGUGUAUGACAUCACAAAAGAGGAAACUUUCUCAACAUUAAAGAACUGGGUUAAAGAGCUUCGCCAGCAUGGACCUCCCAACAUUGUUGUAGCUAUUGCAGGAAAUAAGUGUGAUCUUAAUGAUGUCAGAGAAGUCAUGGAAAAAGAUGCUAAAGACUAUGCAGAUUCCAUUCAUGCAAUAUUUGUAGAGACAAGUGCGAAAAAUGCAAUAAACAUUAAUGAACUCUUUAUAGAAAUUAGUCGCAGAAUUCCAUCCACUGACACCAACCCCGCAUCCAGUGGGAAGGGCUUCAAACUUCGACGACAGCCAUCGGUGACAAAGCGCAGCUGCUGUUGACUGACCCCUUAGAAAAUCAAACUUGUUUAUACAGUAGGUGGUCUUGGAAGUUAAUAGUUCACAUUGGGUUUAUAUUAUCAGUCUUAGAUCUUUAUUUGCUGGUGUUCAUACACCCAAAGUCCCCCAAAAAGGGACUGGCUCUUGUGGCACCCGUACGUGCGCAGAAAAGACUGCAGUCGUCAGGGCAGCCUGCUGGCUUCCACAGCGUGCGGUGUCUCGUGCAUUCAAAGGGAAUCCAUCAUCACUUUUUUGGCCUUGCUUGAUUGGAAGGUGACUAUGUGGAUGGUAGAACUGAAAUGUUUUCAUAGUUUUGUAAUCAAGGUUUUGGGAGGUUUUUUUGUAAAAAGGGAAAUGAGCACUUUUGUGGGAGAUUGGGUUAGGAGGAGUCUGGAAGUUAGAUGUCAUUUCUUCCUUUUCUUCAGUGAGCCUUAUUUUAAAUUUUGGUGUAGCUAAUCCAAAGUAUGAUGGGACAGUUGAUGUGAGAUGGCUACAGAAUGAGCAACUGAAGACAAAUAGUAGGCAAAUCAGUCCAUCCAGUCCCCAAAUCCCAUUUGCACUUUUUAUUUAAGGAUGAUCUGCACUGGGGGUGGGGACACAAGCAACCGAUCUUAUACCACAGACAAUCUUCUUUUUCAUGCUGACUGUAAUCACUUUAAGGCAAACUGGUAUGCUUAUAGGCAUCUUUUUGUUGUUAAAAGUUUUUUUUAAUAUUAAGAUGUUGGUUGAAGAAAAUUACUUGUAGAUCUGACUGAAUUAAGUGGUUACUGGCUGAAAAGAGAUGCUGUAAACAGAUGCUGCCAGUGGUUCUGAUAAGACCUACAAGCUUUUGGGGAAAGCUUUUAAUUGCUUGGCAUGUGUAAAGUGUUCAUAUUAUAUUUAUAAGACCAGUGUUUAAAGUGUUAUAAAUUAUGUAAAAACAGUAAAAAAUAAUACAAUCUUCUACACUCCUUUCAUUCCAUACCUAAGGAUAAACUCUUGGGGAAUCUCCAUCAGGGUUUUUUUUCCUGCAUUUUAGGUAUUGUCACUGUGAGUUCAUCCAGAGGCAGAUGAAAUUCUUUCCCUUUCAAUGAUGUUUGAAAGGGACAAUAGAAAAUCUUGUAGGGGCAGCAUGAGGCCUGUCUGUUGAACAGCCUUUCCUUUGGGGUGCACCCAGUCUUUCCCAUUUUGGGCACAAAAUACACAUAGGAAGUAACCUUAAGACGUGGUAAUGUAGAUCAUUACCUCUUGGUUCCUGGGGUUUUUCAUCUGUGGGGGUUUUUCAUCUGUGAGGAUUUUUAGCAAAUCAGUGUUUAGCUUAUUCUGUAUGGGUUCUAGUAGGCUUUCAAUUAAACUAUAGGUUGACCAUACCUGUUUGUGCUAUUUUAUUUAUUUUUACUUUUUGUUUCUUACCAGCACUAGUGAGAAACUUUUAUACUUUUGAAGAAAAAGAGCUUAAUAGACUUGAGUAUAUACUAAAAUAUGCUGGUUAGCUUUAGUAUCAAACUGAGAUCAUGACAAUGGUUAUUCUUUUUUUUGUUUUAAUCUGGUUUUCUAUCAUCUCAAGUAUUUUCUCUGAAGGAAAUGUAGGAAAAUUUGUAAGAAAUUAAAGGACUUGUACUUCAGAUUCAUUUGUGUUACUGAAAAUUCUUGGAGAGCUGGAGCAAAACAGGCAAACUGGUACAGUGAGGUUUUUGGAUGAGUCAGUGAGUUUAGUGAUAUUUGGUGACUACAUUUUUGUCAUGCCUUUUGCUUAUCCUGCCUGCAUUGCCAAUUCUGCCUCCUUUGCCAUAGUCCUACAGGCUCCAUGCUUCUAGAGAGCCCAAGAAAUCCAACUUCAUGGGUUUACACCCUACUGCUUCCGCAGCUCUGAUCUUGAAUUACUGCAGGUAAUGAACACACAGAAACAGCCAGUGUUUCACAUUGUCCAAACUGCCAACCCUGGAGUGAGGCUGCUUUUUAACACUUGCCUAUUUAAAAAGACAGACAGUUGAUGUAAGUUCUUCUGAGUCCAGAUAAGUGUUUAUUGAUCACUGGCCCUGCUGAAAGCUGGAAUGCAAUCUUCCCUGCAUGAGAUGCACAUGCUCAUUGUUUCAUUUUUGUUGGAGAAAAAUGGUUUCUUUCAUAUUAAUAAUUUGUUAGGUCAGCUGCUUUGAUCUUGCACUAGGCUUGCUGGAAUUGAUUAUAUUUUGUCCUAACAUAGCUUCUCUAUUUGGAGAUACAUUGGUAUUGGAGCGUUUGAUUAUCAACCAUUCCAGCUAAAUUUUUCAUAACUUUUUUCCUGGUAAGAAGUUGUUAAAAAAGCUCAGGAUUAAAGAUUUAUUCCAUCAUGUCUUUCUGUCUAAGGAGUGGAGUUCAUCAGAAAGACUCAACUUUCAGUUACUGUCAAAGGGAAUUACACAAUCUCAGAAUUGUUUAGGUUGAAAGGGACCAUAGUGGUCAUCUGGUUCAACCUCCCUGCUCAAGCAGGGUCAUCCCAGAGCACAUUGCAGAGAUUCAUUUCUGCAGAACAAGUUUGAAAGGGCAAAGUGUCAUGUAUGUAAAAAUGUAAUGAGGUGUAUGUUAUAUCAUUGAUUCAGAGCAUUUUUAGCUGAAAAAAUAUGACUAUUGCAAUUUCUGAACAUCAUCAGUUAUUUCUCAUGGAAGUUAGAGAAUUGAACAAAAAUAUAAUUUGAUAAACAUUUCAUUCUUAAGCUUUGGAACAACUUGAAUUAUUGCUCCAGGUUUUGGAAGGUGUCUUCAUCUGACCCUCUAUUGAAACAGUCACUUAACUGACUUGCCAGGCUCUCAAUCUGUGCUGUAGAUAGUUUUGUAGGAUACUUUAUAUACAUCCUGAAAACUGGCAUAUCAAGUACCCAAGCAGGUGAAAUUUGGAAGCUGACAUUUAGUAGCAUCUAGUAAUCAUACUACUGAAAACUGUUAGAGGUGCUUUGAAAAAGUUCUAAGACAAUUCUAACAACUUUUGCUGUUGCCAUGAAGGUUAAGACUUUGUGUUAGGUCCAACAAAUCACUGCACUCCAGAUCCCUGCUGCCAUCAGUGAGACCCUUCCUUUAAGUGCUGCAUGAUCAGACAGUUAAUGGUUUAGAGGGACGUUUUGUGCAGACUGGAGUCUUUGAUGUGUUGCUUUACAUUUAAUGCUACCAGCAUGCUCAAGAAGGAUUAUUUUUUUGCUUGGGAAGAGAGUAAGAGGAGAGGAGACUGGACCUACUUAUUGAUUUGGAAGUCUAAUCCUUUAACCUGGUUGAGGGAGAACUACAUUCUUGGUUAAAGCUUCAUUUUAAUUAUCACAAAGUAAUUCAAGGGGAAAAUCUUGAAUGGUUUAAAAGUUAGCCUCAGCAAGAUUUUUUUUAUGACACUGUUAAGCUUAAAUUAUUCUUUCACAUUAGUGUUUAGUUCCAGUAUAACACACUAUUAGUUAUAAUAAUGUUAUAACACAUUAUUCCUCCUUAGGAAAAGGAAGCUUUAGCAGUGAAGUUUGAAUUACUUGCUUGUGAAACAGUCUUUAGUGUGUGUUAAGGAUGGUGUAGGCUAUUUGUGGUGUGCUGUGUCAGCAAUCUGCACAGGAAUGGAUGAUUUACAGGACAGAAGCUGUCAGAACAGUGGAGCUGCUCACCCUGGAGUGAGCCUCACUCAGCAGCAAUAGUUACAGAUAAGCAGGGCAAAAUCAUCUCCAACAUGAUCAGAACCUGCAGAAUUCACUGGCUUCAACUUCUACACUGCCUGCUCAUUUUGUAAAAAGGCUUCACGUAUCUCUCCUAAAUACUUACAGCCUCUAAAAAUGGCUUUCUGGUUUAUAGUUGAGAGAAAAAGAGAAGCUUUCUUAACUUUUCUAGCAGGAAGUCAUUGUACAACCAUCUGAGAUGCUUGAGAUGUACAUCACAAGUCAGUAACUCAAAGCAGGAGAAUUGUGUACUUGGAAUUAAGUCUCUAAAAAUCUGCAAAAAAAUUCCCUAUAGAAAACUGUUGAUGUUUUAUGUUCAAAUCCCAUCUCUGGUAGUGGAUCACAGCCUAGUGAUGGUAGGUGACAGAAGAUUUACAGAAAUAUGAUGACAGUGUGAAUUACCAAUGCAAGAUGGAAAUACAGAUUCUAGUAUUAAAAUAGUCAUGUUAGUUUCCUUUGAGUCAUAUGGCUCCAGCUUGUCAAAAGGAAUAUGCGUGAAAAUACAUAUUUGUAUAUCAUAUAAAAAUUCAGGUGCCAAAACGUAAUUCCCUAAAAUUACUUAGGCCUUCUGACACUAAUAUUUGUUUCUGAAAAAUCCCUUCUGUUAUUCUGGAGGUCUCAAAAGUCUGAAUGCAUUCACAACUUGGAAAAAAAUUGAACAGGCAAUUACCAGAGUUUAUCCCUGAAGUGUCACAGAUAACAAAUCUUUCAAGAGAUAUAAGACUAUCCUGAAAUCCACGAAUACUGAUGAGCUUAGCCUCUGACAUGUCACAAUGUCCCUAGGGUCAGCUUUUUCCUCCUUCCCCCCCUCCAUUUCCUCUCACCCCACCCAACCCUUAAUUUUUAACAUAGUGUUGUCAGAGUGUACAUGCUAUAAAGAGCUAUUCAGAAAUACUUAGAAAAGUUCUAAUGGCUGAGAGUUACUUGGUGCUCCCUAUUUUACAUGAAUAAUUGAAGCAGUAGGAUGACUUUUCUCAGUCUAGAGUAAAGACUUAGAAGAAACAAUUUUGCUGUUCUUGUUCCUUCAACAUGCAAAUUGAUGUUCCUAAAUUUUUGCUUAAAUACUAACUGUAAAUUUUAUUUAAGGAACUAGUCACCUUUGUAAAGAUUUUCUUUUAAGAAGGUUGGGGUUUGCUUUGCUUGGUUUCUGUUGAUGUUUUCACAUGUGUGUUAUUGAACAAACCAACUUUUUCAAAUGUUGAAGGAAACAGACCACUCUUCUGUCAUGCUCUUCAUCACUGUGGGUGUGAUACUCCAUCCAGUUGUUGCACUUGAAUAUUCUGUAACUCUGACACCUUGACAGAUUCACCGCUACUAUCUUUUGCUUGUGUUACAGUAUGUAUUUCCUAUUAAAUUCAUUGUUUUCUUGGCAAUUUGUUCUUUGUUUCCUUAUGGAUUUAGACAAUGAUAGGUGGUGAGUGUCUCUUUUGCCACAAAGUUCUAGAAGAAUCUGUCAAAGCAGCAAAUAUUUGUAAGCAAAAUGGUAAUUCAUUAGCACAGCCUUAUGAAACUGUUACAGCAGCUGAGACCUGUGCCAUGACUGUAUUUUAUCACAUAAUGAAGGCUAAAAGCACAUUGACCUGGAGGAGCAAGCUAUUGUAAGCCUCUUCUGUAUUUUAACUUUCUUUCUUGUACUUCUUCUUUCUGAAAUUGUGUAUGCAGCACUGACACUGUGAUGGUGUAUUAAUUGAUUUAAGGCACAGAAAUAGAUUGCAUUUCUUUAGCUAAGAUGCUAAAGAUUUCCUGUCCAUCUUCCCACUUGUACUCCACACACUGAGGACAAUGAAGAAAAAAAAAGGGUUUUUUUCUGAAUGAGAAACUGCAUUUGUGUGUUCAGGACACAAAAAUAACCUGAUAUGCAUAGAGCUCUUGCAGUGUAGUAAAUGUUUGCCUGUAAAAUGUGUGAAGGUUAACCUUUGUAUUGGCAAUUCUUGUCACUCAUAACAACAUUCUGCCUUUUCAUUCUAGGAUGGGGUUAACCUGUUGCAAGGGUUGAAAGGUCUGUGCCUUCUUACUAUAUUAUCUCUUACUAAAACAAACUUAAGCCGCUCAAAGUUACAGAGCAUUUGCAGCACUGUAAACUGCACAAAUUUCCAACCAUUGCUUCACUGCAUGAAGUGUAGUCAGAUUACUAGUGAUGAAAUAUUGUAGUGAUGAAUUCCCAAGCUUAUGAAUGUUUUGAGACUUUUUUUUUAGUCUUCUCUUGGGCUGGUCCUGAGAGCGUGUACAGGUUUGUCUGUAUUGUUGGUUUGUAGAUGCUAAUGAGGAAAACCAGGCUUUUGUUCUCUCCUUUCUGUUUGAAUUGUUACACUCCCAUAUAGUGCAUAGAAUGCAAAUAAAGAAAUGUUGAUUUGACAUAAUGUAAACAGCCUUUUCAGCCUAAGCAUUCAUAAUAAACUUUUAUAGUGUAAUAACAUGCUAAAUCACUACCAGUCUGAUGUAUUGUGCAAAAAAAUAAAAAGGUGUAAACAUUUUAUUAAUAAAAAGCUUUGUUUAUAAAU